GAUGUUAUUUAACACUUUUUCAUCAGAGGUCUAAUGCCUCACGCUUAAUUUCAUGGUCCUGUUUCUGUUAAUUUGAACGGUCAUAUGUUUUAUUUGUCCAUGAAGUUCUUAAGUAACGUUAUGUGUUAUGUCAAAAUAUGAAGGGGUAUUCCGCCACAUUAUUAUUAUUCAUUGAUUCAAAUGGUUUAUGGUUGACGCUUCAGACUGUAUUUCAGCACCACGGAGAGCUCAGGCAGCAGCGAAUGCUUCUUGAAUCUAGUAACUUUUAUGUUUGGCACCUUUUUCAGUUAUUAAUUUGUCUCUAACUUGUUGUUUAAAUGAACAAUCGCAUAGAUAAAUUAAUGUACAGCAUCCACAAAAAAGAAAACAAGUACAUCAACCGUAGCAAUCUUUCUAUGCAGUAUGCAUUUGUCUGUACUGUUGAGUAACUGUUGGUGGUUUGUCACGGAUCCAAUUGAACAGAAUGCACUUUAUAAGUUUGUCCAACAAUUUUGUGUUAGAAGAAUUCAGAGUUUUCUGCUGAGUUGGAAAGCUGAAGAUAUACAUUCCUGCUCUUUAAAAAUUAAUCAUAGUUUCUUUGAAAUCAGAGAGCAAAACCUAGCAAUAGAAAAACAUAAAUAGUGCAUCUGUAUACCAAUACCAGCUCUGCAUUUUGAGCACAGAGAAUCAAUCUUAUUAAGUAUACAUGAGGUUCUGUGUUCAUAUGGUGGGUUUAUAUCAGUCUAUUGCAACAAAAAGUACUAUAAAUUGUGGUUAGACAUCAAAAACAGUCCUUCCGUGUUUUCUUGACAUGACAUAUGGUAUGAUUUCCCCAAGUGAUACGAGAUAUAGCCCUCAGACCCUGUAAACUGAAGGAAACACCACAAUAUGUUUUAUGAUAUAAUGGCUCACAUAUAAGUAACUAAAAAUCAUUCUUGGGAAUUCUGUAUUUAUUUCUCUAAACUGUGUAACUCAUUUUAAUGAAACUAAUAAUUAAUUUACAGUAAUGAAAAGAGGUUAAAGAGGCAAUAUAAAUAUUCAGUGGCUGGAAAUCUGCAUAAGAUCAUUAUCCUCUGGGUCUCUGUGUUGUGGAAAAUCUCUGAGGUUUUGAUUCUGAACGAAUACAUGAAUCAGAAUCAAUACAUAUUUAAAGAUUUACAUGUUCUUUGUUUCCAACAGGUCAUUGUUAAUGAUGCAUCUCAUUACUGAGAUCUACCAGAACUUCUUCAUGUGCCUUUCAACUUUGUUUUCCUCCUGAUCUCGAGAUAUUUCGAGGAAGGCAGAAAAAUCCUCACACUUUAGAAUAAGACGUUGCCCUGGCGACAGCUCAUCCUUAUCACGACUCUCACAAAUAUGCACCUCUGUGAUUCAGUGGGAGGUUGAUGAUCUCCAGGGAUAUUGUUCUGAAUAUUUCUGCUUCUUGUGACUCUUUCAGAUGCCAUGAGGGACCUACCAGUAUUUGACACUCUGAUCUGAGAGGGCUGAGGAAAUGGGGAUUUUACAUUUGCUGGUGUUUGUGCUGCUCGGAGACAGAUUGGGUCCUACACAGCCAGACAUUUUAGCGAAGGCCCAAGCCAGCGAGCGACGUGUCUUGGCACACAUUCCCGGCGACAUCAUCAUCGGGGCUCUUUUCUCCGUCCAUCAUCAGCCGCCGGCCGACAAGGUUCACGAGCGCAAGUGCGGCGCUGUACGCGAACAGUAUGGCAUCCAGCGGGUAGAGGCCAUGAUGCACACCCUGGACCGCAUCAACGCGGACCCGCACAUCCUACCCAACAUCACGCUGGGCUGCGAGAUCAGAGACUCCUGCUGGCAUUCGGCCGUGGCUCUGGAGCAGAGUAUUGAGUUCAUCCGUGACACUCUAGUCUCAGCCGAGGAGGAAGAAGGCAUAUCUAAGUGUACAACCGAAGAUGGAGGGACUCCCAUGAAAGGGAAGAAGCCCAUUGUGGGGCUGAUCGGACCUGGAUCCAGUUCUGUGGCCAUCCAGGUUCAGAAUCUCCUUCAGCUCUUCAACAUUCCCCAGAUUGCGUAUUCGGCAACCAGUAUGGAUCUCAGCGAUAAGUCUUUGUACAAGUACUUUAUGAGGGUGGUGCCUUCUGACGCCCAGCAGGCCAGAGCGAUGGUGGACAUCGUCAAAAGAUACAACUGGACCUACGUAUCUGCCAUUCACACUGAAGGGAACUACGGUGAGAGUGGAAUGGAGGCCUUCAAAGACAUGGCAGCAAAGGAGGGCAUCUGUAUUGCCCAUUCUGACAAGAUCUACAGCAAUGCUGGAGAACAGAGUUUCGACCGUCUUCUCGAUAAGCUCAGGAGCCACCUGCCCAAAGCUCGUGUGGUGGCGUGUUUCUGUGAGGGCAUGACCGUACGUGGUAUCCUCAUGGCCAUGAGACGCCGCCGCCUAGUUGGAGAGUUUCUGUUGGUUGGCAGCGAUGGUUGGGCGGACCGCUAUGAUGUCACUGACGGCUUCCAGAGGGAGGCAGCAGGGGGAAUCACUAUCAAGCUGCAGUCUGCUUACGUCACGUGGUUCGAUGAUUACUACCUGAACCUGCAGCCAGACACAAACCUCCGGGACCCCUGGUUCCUUGAGUUCUGGCAGCACCGCUUCCAGUGCCGGCUGAAGGGACAUCCUCAAGAGAGCACCAAAUACAACAAGACCUGCACCAAGAAAGAGUCCCUCAGACACCAGUACGCUCAGGACACGAAGAUGGGCUUUGUGAUCAAUGCCAUCUACUCUAUGGCUUACGGCCUGAACGCCAUGCAGAAGUCUCUGUGUCCCGGCUAUGCAGGCCUGUGUGAAGCCAUGCGGCCGAUUGAUGGAGGUAAACUCUUAGAAUUCCUCAUGAGGACAAACUUCACUGGCGUCUCGGGAGAAGUAGUGCUGUUUGAUGAGAACGGAGACUCCCCAGGGAGGUAUGAAAUCAUGAACUUUAAACAGAUGAGUGAGGAGGACUAUAGCUAUAUCCACGUGGGCAGCUGGGACAACAGUGGGCUGAAGAUGGAUGACGAGGAGAUUUGGGCCAACAGCAGUGCCAUCAUAAGAUCGGUGUGCAGCGAUCCCUGUGAAAAAGCUCAGAUAAAGGUUAUCCGUAAGGGUGAGGUGAGCUGCUGCUGGACCUGCACUCCGUGUAAAGAAAACGAGUUUGUGUUUGAUGAAUACACCUGCCGUAUGUGUGAGCUUGGAUCCUGGCCUACAGAUGACCUCACAGGCUGUGAGCCAAUCCCGGUGCAGUACCUUCUGUGGGGAGAUCCUGAGCCAAUCGCAGCCGUGGUCUUCGCCUGCCUUGGCCUGCUCUCCACCAUCUUCGUCACUUUAGUCUUCAUCAGGUUCCACGAUACGCCGGUGGUGAAGUCCUCCAGCAGGGAGCUGUGCUUCAUCAUCCUAGCUGGCAUCUGUUUGGGGUACCUGUGUACAUUCUGCCUCAUCGCCAAACCGCACGUGGCCUACUGUUACUUGCAGAGAUUGGGAAUUGGGCUCUCGCCGGCCAUGAGCUACUCGGCCCUGGUCACCAAGACCAACCGCAUCGCUCGCAUCCUUGCCGGCAGCAAGAAGAAGAUCUGCACCAAGAAGCCUCGUUUCAUGAGCGCCUGCGCCCAGCUGGUCAUCGUCUUCGUCCUGAUCCUGAUUCAGCUGGGCAUCAUCGUGGCACUCUUCAUCAUGGAACCUCCGCAGGUGAUCUACGACUAUCCGUCCAUACGUGAGGUGCACCUCAUCUGCAACACCACCACGCUCGGAGUGGUGGCGCCGCUGGGCUACAAUGGUCUGCUUAUUCUCAGCUGCACCUUCUACGCCUUUAAGACCCGCAACGUCCCUGCCAAUUUCAACGAGGCCAAAUACAUCGCGUUCACCAUGUACACCACCUGCAUUAUCUGGCUGGCUUUCGUGCCAAUUUAUUUCGGGUCAAACUACAAGAUAAUCACCAUGUGUUUCUCCGUUAGCCUCAGCGCUACCACUGCGCUGUGCUGCAUGUUUGUGCCCAAAGUCUACAUCAUGUUGGCCAAACCUGAGAGGAACGUACGCAGUGCUUUCACCACGUCGACGGUUGUGAGGAUGCACGUGGGUGAUGGGAAAGCUGCCUCGGCCGCUAGCCGGUCUAGCAGCUUGGCUAACCUGUUCAGACGACGAGCUGCAACAGACACUGUCAGUUCCAAUGGCAAAACAGUGACCUGGGCACAGAAUGAGAGAAGUUACAGGCCAAACCUGUGGAAGCGGAUCUCAAUCCACAUUAAGAAAAAAGAAGAGGCCAACCAGACGGCCAUUAUUAAGCCCUUCUCAAAGGGCUGUGAUCGGCCUCCAGACCCCGGGGUGAAGCUGGCAUACGACGGUUCUCAGAAAAACCAGCGCUACCCUGUAACCUACUGCCCCCGGACCCCCUCCCCGCUGCCGACCGUGUGUCAGCGGCCUUCAAUGCAGCGGCGGGAAAUGGAAGAGCGUGUCGAAGAGCGUGCGCCAGUGGUGGCUAUACCCUCAUACCUGACGGAGCGCCUGCAGCACGGCGCCCCGUCCCAGACCUGCAUCAUGGAUCAGAUCAGCUGUGUGGUCAGUCGAUUCACGGCUAACAUCAGUGAGCUCAACAGCAUGAUGCUGCCCGGUUCACCGCCGGCAACAGGCGUAAACGCCGCCGCCGCCCCGGUCCCCAGACCCUGCUCCCCUACAUUCCGUCUCCACCCGCAAGAAAGGCCGCAUCCAACCACCGUCACCACCUACGCAGACGUGGUCGCCGCAGCGAACACCAACACUCGCUCCGCAGUUGGCAUCGCCGGGGGCAUCAUCGCCGGGGGGAGUAGCCGGGCUUCACCCGCCAGCCUUUUUGACAGCACCUACGACUCUUCGUGUGCGGUCAGGACCACUGAUUUUGAGGACCUGGGCGCCUUGACACCACCUUCGCCGUUUAGAGACUCUUCCGUGGACUCAAUCAGCGAAUCAGCCUCGGAGCUGCCGUUGUGCGAGCCCUGCUCCCCGAUAUACGACCAGCUGGUGCUUCGGCACUACAGCCAGAGCUCCUCUUCGCUCUGAGAGAUUAUUCGGAGCGCAGGAAGGAGAACGAGAGGCAGCUACUGAGAUCCUGCAUCUGCUUAGAUUGCAAAACCCAGCUGUAAAUGUCAAGGAGUGUAAACUCUUAAUAUAGACGCACUCGCUGAGAACGUUUUAUGGUGCUUGGAAUCCAGCCCGUCCUCAAAAUCCCAAUCUGCGUAGGGGAAGGCACUUCACCAAACUGCUUUUCAGAUAAUUAAGGAUGUACUUGAUAUGCUCUUGUGCACUAGAGCGCUCUGACAAGUUUAUGGUCCUUCUUGGCAAGAAGUUACUGAUGUUGGUCAGUUUGUGUACUGCAAGUUUUCAUGGCUUUACAGCUACUUAAUAGCAUUCCAACGACGUCAAUCUACACAAGUGGGAAAAAUUACAAAACUCCUGCUCCAGGCGAUGUUAUUUUUAUCUCUCUUGUUGCCUGUCAGCAAGAUGCUUGAACGUCUUGCACGGUUCUUCACAUACAACGGAAACGCAAAUGGUUGAAUGUAGGACCAAAUGAAGCCUUUGAGCACGAAGUAGUUUGUUUAAAUAUUGUUCAUUUUUGUUAUUUCCCUAGUUUAGAGGUUGCAUGUUCUGCCACUUCAUAUAACUUCAUAUAAAAUAAUAUUUAUUAUUAUAUUUUUCAUAAUAAAUCAAAUAGAAGGGGUUGUAAGGGCAGGUUUAUUUAGAUAUUGAACAAAUCUAACACUUUAAUAUAGAUCAUAUGUCUUUCAGAUGACUGGAUUUAUUUAUAUGAACAUGUCCCAGUAUUACUUGAAGUAUUUAAUAAUAAAUCUUUAACUUUAAUUUGAAAGAUGGGAUUUGAGAAAAUAAUGGAAAAAACUAAUGGGAGAUUCAAGAAAACCCAACUAUUUACACUACCACUUAAAGGUUUGGGGUGAGCAAGAUUUUUUGAAAGAAAUUAGUACUUUUAUUCACCAAGGAUACAUUAAAUUGACCAAAAGUAACAAAAUAAUAUUGAAAAUAAUCACUGUUUUCACAAAUAUAUUAAGCAGCAAAACUGUUUUCAACAUUGAAAAUAAUAAGAAAUGUUUUUUAAGCAUCAAAUUAGCAUAUUAGAAUGAUUUUUGAAGGUAAUUCAGAAGUAAUACAGCUUUGCCAUCACAGGAAUAAACUACAUUUUAAAAUGUAUUAAAAUAGAAACUUAUUUUUGAAAUCGUAAUAAUAUUUCAGUGCUGCUGUUUUAAUGUAUUUUUAUCAAAUAAAUGCAGCCGUGGUGAGCAUAAGAGACUUCUUUCUAAAACAUUAAAAAAAAAAAAAAAAAAAAA